AUGCUGAGCACACGCAUACUCAGUCAUCGCGUCAUGGGAAUUUAUCGCACGACACGUGGUAUUUGCAAUCGUGACAAAAUUGGAAAUCGUGACGUUGUUGGAUAUGGAUUAAAUGGCACAUACAUGUACAUGGAUCUGGAGAUGUGUCCAUUUCCAGCGAUUAGGUUCAGGGAAAAUACCCCGGAAUUAAUGGCCUUGAGAGAAAAAGAACGCGGCGACUGGCGCCGGCUCUGUCUGGAUGAGAAAAAAACGCUUUAUCGCGCGAGUUUCUGUCAAACAUUCGCCGAGAUGGCCGAACCACGCAGCGAGUGGAAGAGCAUUCUAGGAUUCACACUCGUUGGAAUAUCCGCAGGUUUCUGGCUCUGGAUUUACUGUCACAUAUUUGUGCACAGAGAUGCACCAAUAACAUUCUCCGAGGAGCAUCGUGGUGCCCUGUACUGGCGACUGAAGGCAAUCAUGCAUCAGCCCAUGACCGGUAUCUACAAGCCACCAUUCGCUGACAAGUACAAACCAGAAACAAUGCCUGAAGAUUGAUAGAAUAAAGACUGAUUAUUCAUUCAACUGCGAAAUUUAAUGACUCAAUUGACUGUCACACUACUCACAAACAACU